CCGCCGGAAAACAGCCGCUGAUGCACCCGAAGACGCUGGCGAAUUUCGACUGUGCGGAGACUGUGGAUUUGGUUUCCGAUAGGAUUGUCAGUUACACCGCGCAUUUCCACCGACAACUCAGAAUAAUUCAUGGAAUAUUAAAUAUUGUGGGGUGGGGAACCCUACUACCAGUGGGUGUAAUAAUCGCGAGAUACUUCAGAAGAUUCCCUAAAGAAUGGAAAUGGUGGUUUACAUUCCACGUCAGCUGCCAAACUAUUGGUUACAUACUUGGUUUAUCGGGGUGGGCCCUUGGAAUCUGGCUUGGCAAUACUUCCAAGUAUUAUUCUUUUACCUGCCAUAGAAGCCUUGGCAUUAUUAUUUUCACUUUCACUACUAUACAGAUGGUGGCGUUGAGAUUGAAGCCGAAAUCGGGGGACGAGUAUCGGAGUUACUGGAAUAUGUAUCAUCAUUUCCUGGGAUAUGCAUUGUUGGCUUUGAUAUCGGUUAAUAUAUUUGUCGGGAUUAGUAUUAUCGGGGCGGGCCGUGCUUGGAAAUGGGCUUAUAUUGGUAUUCUUGGAUGUUUGGGGGCUGUUGCUCUUGCUUUUGAAGUUCUUACCUGGAUUAAAUUUGUUCUGUUGAGAAAUCCAGGCUUAUAAUUAUGGAUAGAAUCUUUGUCCUUUUUUUUUUUUUUGGAAUUUUGUUGUUUUAUUUAUUUUGAAAUAAAAUGUGUGAGUUGAG